AUGGCCCGUAACAACGCUGUCCGCGCGGCUGCCACUUCCCGCACAGCCUCGUCGGGUUCCUUCCAUGCUGGCGCCCCAAUUCCCACCCUCGGGGCUAUUGAGUCCAGCCGGAGAAUCCUGGUACGCCGCCAGUCCACCCAUCGAUACCACACCUUCCCGACACCCCCUCCCAAGACGCCUCGCGAGCAGUCCUCGGCCGAGCUCUUCCCACAUUCCGACGACGGCUCCAACGCCUCCGACGACGGCCAUGGACAGACUCCUCUGCCCGUCAAACAGCUUGCCCUGCUCGCUUUCCUCUCCCUGAGCGAGCAGACGGCUCUCAACUCGAUUGGGCCCUAUCUUCCUCAGAUGGUCGAGUCCUUCUCCGACAUACCAGACUCCCAGACGGGUCUUUAUGUAGGCAUUCUGGCCUCGGCCUUUGCCUUGGCACAGCUGUCGACCAAUCUGCUCUGGGGCUAUCUCUCCGAUGUGGUUGGCAGAAAACCCACCAUGGUCAUGGGCACCUUUAUGCUCGCCGGCUGCUUCGUCGCAUUCGGCUUCUGCAGGACUUACUGGCAGAUUGUCGUCGUCCACGUGGCCAUGGGUAUGCUCAACGGCAAUGCCGCCGUCGUGCCAACCGUCUUGGGCGAGGUGACGGAUCGCUCAAACCAGAGUCGCGCUUUCACCUGGCUUCCCGUCAUCUACUCUUUGGGUGGCAUCACAGGUCCCGCGCUGGGCGGUUUGCUGGUCGGCACCUUGGGGAAACGGUAUCCGUACCUGGCGCCGAACCUUCUCAGCGCCGCUCUGCUACUCAUUAGCGUGCUGGUCGUCGGCAUCUGGUUCGAAGAGACGCUCGAGUCCCUCGAGCCGGAUCACGCUGCUUGGAUUCCGAACUGGGCCCGGAACGCCUGGUCUUGGGUCCAGCGACGGGUGGCAGAGCCGAGAAGAGAUUCUUGGGCUACCCGUUGGCCUCGUCGCGGAUCGCAGAUCGUCACGAGCACAUCAGACGACGAGGAUGAGGAGGAGGACGACGACGAUGUAACCGAGGAACAGCGCCUGCUCCGGCCGGGAUCGGAGAAUGGCUCCGAUGUAGACGACGAUGCCAAAUCUCCCAGCGACCUCGCGACGUGGCGCCAACUCUUGAACCGCAACACGAUUCUGGUGUUGUUGACUUACCUCGUUUUCCAGCUGUCCAACAUCUCGUACAAUAGCCUGUACCCUAUCUUCGCCGAUGCCAAUCCGCCGACGGGCCGCGGACUGCCGCCGAGCAAAAUUGGUAUCAGCUUGAGUCUUGCUGGUGUCGCUACCAUCGUUUUCCAGGCUUUCCUCUUCCGACCACUGAAGGUGCGGCUGGGCAAUCUAGGCACCUAUCGCGUUGCGCUGCUGGGGCUGGCCAUCAGCAUGGCUUUGAUGCCUUGGAUUGGUUACUUGGACGACGAGCCCUUGUUCGGCGUCGGCACCGGCUCCAUAUGGCUGUACAUCGAGCUGGGAAUUAUCCUCGUCAUUAAGAACAUCUGCGCCGUCGGUGGUCUGUCCAGCGUCAUGCUUCUGAUCACGAACUGCGCCCCGAACCACGCGACUUUGGGCACCUUGAACGGCAUCGCCCAGACUCUUUCGGCGGCAGGCCGCAGCUUCGGCCCCUUUGUUUCGGGCGCUCUCUUCACCCUGUCUACGCGUGUGCACCCGAAGGGCGAGGCCCUCGCCUGGGGCAUUUUUGGAGGCAUCGCCCUCCUUGGCUGGCUUGGUUCCCUCGCUAUUCGCAACCGCGGUCUCGAGAGCGACGACUGGGUCGGUGAGGAGGACGGCACCGACGGUGAGGCAGAGCCAUAA